AUGCCGUUGUGCUGCUGGAGUUUCCGGUGGAUCCACUACUUCCGCUGCCCCGCUGGAACGAGGGAUCAGAGGUCGUCGUUGAGCCGUAUGUGUGACCGAGUGCGGAAGCGCUGCCCGUUUGCACCGCUCAUCUUCGCGAUCUUGAGAUUGGCAAGUGAUCAUCUACAUCAUCCACGAGAACCGUUCUCGUUAACAAAGCUUUUGGUCUUCGAGGCGGCCGCGGCCGACGACGGCAAGACGGAGGGCGAGGUGCUGGUAUCCUUCCGGGACACGCUGCGGUCGUCGGACGGCUCCCCGCCAGGCCCGCUCCGCUCCUGGGGCACGACAGGGCCCUGCAACGGCAACAUCUCCUCCUGGUACGCCGUCUCCUGCCACGGCAACGGCAGCGUCCAGGGCCUCCAGCUCGAGCACCUGGGCCUAGCGGGCCUGGCCCCCGACCUGGGCUCCCUCGCCGUCCUCCCGGGCCUCCGCGUGCUCAGCCUCUCCGACAACCAGCUCACGGGCCCGUUCCCCAACGUCUCCGCCCUCGGCGUCCUCAAGAUGCUCUACCUCUCCCGCAACAAGUUCUCCGGCGUCAUCCCCGACGGCACCUUCCGCCCCAUGCGCGGGCUCCGCAAGCUGCAUCUCGCCGAGAACGACUUCUCCGGCCCCGUCCCCGGAUCCAUCACUUCGCCGAGGUUGCUCGAGUUCGUCGAUGUGUCCCAUAAUAAUCUCUCCGGCCCGAUCCCGGGGGGGCUCAGCCGGUUCAACGCCACCAUGUUCCAAGGCAACGAGUUCCUCUGUGGGAAGCCGCUGCCCGUCGCGUGCGACCCCGCGGAUUUGCCGGCCGCGGCUGGUGGUGUCGGGGUGUCCUGGCUGGCCUCCGUCGCCGCUUCGCUCAUGGUGCUCGGCGUAUUGCUCGCGGUUGUCGGGGUCGCCACGGGCGUGCUCGGCAGGCGGCGCCGGCGAAGACGACGCGCGGCGGCACGGAGCGCGGGGUCCGAGGGCGACCAGACGCCGUCCAACCCCAAGCUCCAGACCGCGCCGUGCGUCAACAUCAGCCAGGCCGCGUCCACGUCCGCCGCCGCCGCGCCGGCGGCGGCACCGGCAGCGGCGAAGCGCGGGGCGAGGCGGGACGAGCACGGGCGGCUGGUGUUCAUCCAGGAGUCGCGCGUGCGGUUCGAAAUCGAGGACCUGCUCCGCGCGUCCGCCGAGGUGCUGGGCAGCGGCAACUUCGGGUCCUCGUACAAGGCCACGCUCCUGGAUGGCCGGUCGGAGGUGGUGGUGAAGCGGUUCAAGGACAUGAACGGCGUCGGCCGGGAGGACUUCUCCGAGCACAUGCGCCGCCUCGGCCGCCUCGCGCACCCCAACCUCGUCCCCCUCGUCGCCUACCUCUAUAAAAAAGAAGAGAAGCUCCUCAUCACCGAUUACAUGACCAACGGCAGCCUCGCCCAGCUCCUCCACGGCAGCAAGGGGUCGAUCCUGGACUGGGGGAAGAGGCUGAGGAUCAUCAAGGGGGCGGCGAGAGGGGUGGCGCACCUGUACGAGGAGCUGCCGAUGCUGACGGUGCCGCACGGGCACCUCAAGUCCUCCAACGUGCUCCUCGACGGCGACUUCACGGCGGUGCUGUCGGACUACGCGCUGGUGCCGGUGCUCACGGCGUCGCACGCGGCGCAGGUCAUGGUGGCCUACAAGUCCCCCGAGUGCGUGGCCAAAGGGAAGCCGUCCAAGACCAGCGACGUGUGGAGCCUCGGGAUCCUGGCAUUGGAGGUGCUCACGGGCAGGUUCCCGGCAAACUACCUCCGGCAGGGGAAGCAGCAAGGGAACGCCGACAUCGCCGGAUGGGUCAGCUCCGUGGUCAACGAGGAGCGCACCGGCGAGGUGUUCGACAAGGACAUGGCCGGGACCCAGGGCCACGAGGAGGAGAUGCUCAAGCUGCUCCGGGUCGCGCUCGCCUGCUGCGAGGCCGAUGUCGACAAGAGGCUGGACCUCAAGGCCGCCCUGGCCAGCAUCGAGGAGAUCAAGGACCCACCGCCGCCGGAGCCCGGCGACUCCUCGACCGGCGCUGCCUAGACGAGAUCCUAGCUACGUACGAGUACGAUCCAAUCAAGAGUGUUUGAUCCUAACAACUCACGCACGUACUGAUCGAAUCAUCGACUGAGACGAGGAUUAAUUGAUCGCGUGCAUUGCGCGGAUUGCAUGGUGCCAAGAUGAUCCAAGGCUUGCAUGGGCGAGAUGGCUGGUGAGCUUAGUUCAAUGCGAAUCGAAUGAUCCAUCUGGUGAGCUAGCGAAGAGCCGAAGAACACAUACAUUUGAGCCGGCCGGCCGGGGUGGUGAUAGGGGGUUUUGUGAUGGAAUUCUUGACUAAUUUCGAAGGUGUAAAUUGGUUUAGCAUAAAUGGAUUGAUGUUGAAGCGAAAGGAGAUGCGGCGAUGUUAUGUUAGCAUGUAAUUAAGAGUACAUUAAUUGAUUCCUUGGUUUACUUUUUCCUUUCUUUGGAAUACAUAUAUGUAGAAGUUGGGUGGAGAA